AUGGGAACCACGUUUGGAUUAUGCUUCCUCGCAUUACUAUUGUUCUCUCCAGUUGCAUUCUCGAAGCAUUGCAACCCACAAGACAAGAAAGUGCUGCUACAAUUCAAGAAGGAACUUAACAACCCUUACGUGCUGGCCUCGUGGGAACCAGACACGGAUUGCUGCGAAUGGUACUGCGUAAAAUGCGACCCAGAAACGCAUCGUAUUUAUUCACUCUCUAUUUCUUCCUCCGUCCCAGACACCAAUUUGUCAGGUCAAAUACCACCCUCUGUGGGUGACCUUCCUUACCUUGAGACCCUCGAAUUCCACAAGUUUCCAAAACUCACAGGCCCAAUCCAGCCCACAAUCGCAAAGCUCACCAACCUCAAGUUCCUCCGCAUCGACUGGACCAACAUCUCAGGUCCAGUUCCAUCCUUCCUGGGCCGGCUCACAAACCUCACAUACAUCAACCUUUCAUUCAACAACCUAACCGGUUCAAUUCCCGAUUCACUCUCCCAGCUCCCCAACCUCGGAGCACUCUUCCUGAGCCGCAACCACCUAACCGGUUCGAUUCCUCCAUCGCUGGGGUCCUUCAAGGACGACGAUUUCUACCUCGACCUCUCCCACAACAACCUCUCCGGGCCCAUCCCAGUUUCCUUUGGAAACGCCAAAUUCACCAAAAUAGACUUGUCGCGGAACAGCCUCACGGGUGAUGCGUCAGUGCUUUUCGGGCCAAACAAGACGGCGCAGACAGUGGACCUGUCGAGGAACCAGCUGUCGUUCGAUCUGUCGAAUGUUGAAUUCCCGCCGAGCAUAAUAUAUUUGGAUCUGAAUCACAACAAGCUGUACGGUGAGCUUCCCCAAGGGUUGACCGCACUGGAACUGCAGCUCUUUAAUGUGAGCUACAAUAGGCUGUGUGGUCAGAUUCCGGUGGGUGGGAGGCUUCAGAGCUUCGAUGUUUAUUCGUAUUUCCAUAACAAGUGCUUGUGUGGGUCCCCGCUUUCACCAUGCAGUUUAAGCUCUUUGUUGUAUUUGGGUGGGAGGCUGCUGGGCUUCGAUGUUUAG